AUGAAACAAGAUGAAGACUUAGCCAACAUAGCCGAGGUUCUAAAACAAUUACGACUUCAAUCCAAAACUACUUUUGAACGACGAUUUGCUCGACGUCUUCGACAAGAAAGCUUCAAGUUUGGUGAUCUAGUCCUCGUCAGGAACAGUCAAGUCAAGAAGGAGAUGAAUUGCAAGCACAAGCCACAAUAUCUUGGACCUUACAAAGUUGUACGACAGACACGAGGAGGAUCAUAUGUGCUUAGAGAACUUAAUGACGGUUCAGUCAUUCCUCAACCUCAGCUAGACCGGAUGAUCAGAGAACUUGGACACGAGAGUGAGGAAGAUGAAGACACAUGGAGCAACGACAUGGAUGACUUCUAA